AUGGCAUAUCUUAUCCAUCACCUGGGCUGGCCCCUCUCUCAAGCAUACAGCCACGUCGUUGCACGGAGACGCACGGUUAGCCCCAACCUCGGCUUCGUUGCAGAGCUGAUGGCUUUCGAGAAACGUCGACAAGAGAUUGCGCACACCUCGAUUGUUCACUCAUCCGCGGAGCGCGGAGCUAAGAGUGCAAAGGACACUGUGGACGAGACAACUGCCGAUCAAGUCAUUGGAGCGUCAGACUCCGGACGCCAGCGUCGGGUCAGGGAUCCAAGGGCACGCGACUCUUUACCCUAUUUGCCACCCACACUUUCGGCCGAGCAGGUGACUCGCGUCGACGAACUUCCCAGCCAGAGUGAGACUAGCAAUGAUCAGGAGGUGGCUCCGGUCGAGGAACACUUGGCGCCAUCAACCCGACCGUCCAAAGCCUCCUUUGGACUUGAGCAUCGUGGUGAGGACGGACGCUACCGCUCACGCCGCCCACCGGCAGAUGCCCACAUUCUGGCGCCCAGUCGACGUGCUACCAUAGCAGCCCUGGGAAGUGACCAUCAAGAGAAGCUGAAUGAGCUGCUGGGCGACGCUCGCCGCCUCCAUAGAUAG